AUGUCGGCUGCCGAGAACCCGCAACCUGUGCAGCCCGUGAAGCUUUCGCUGCCUCUUAUUUACCAGCAGAAGCUUUUUGAGGAGCUCCGGAAGGAUGAUGAGCUCGUCAUCUUGGCCCGGGGCCUCGGUCUCGUGCGUCUUGUCACCAACCUUCUUCACUCGUACGAUGCUGCGGGGAACAACCUGAUUGUCAUCGUCGGUGCCGACGACCGGGAAAACGCGUGGAUCGGCGAGGCUCUUGCCGAACAUGCCGCCAUCAGCAUGUCACCCCGUGCCCGGGGCCUGACGGUGGUCAACACCGACUUCACCAAUGUUGCCGCUCGUGAGAAGAUGUAUGCGGCAGGGGGCAUCUUCAGCAUCACCUCUCGCAUCUUGGUAGUUGAUAUGCUCACCGGCCUGCUCAAUCCCGAGAUUAUUACGGGCUUGCUGGUCCUCCAUGCCGACCGUGUCGUCGCCACCUCACUAGAGGCCUUCAUCCUCCGGAUAUACCGCCAGAAGAAUAAGGUCGGCUUCCUCAAAGCGUUCUCUGACAACCCGGACCCAUUCACCAUCGGCUUCUCGCCCCUAGCCACCAUGAUGAGGAAUUUAUUUCUUCGAAAGGUCUCUCUGUGGCCGCGCUUCCACGUGCACGUCGCGGAAGCUCUCGAGGGGAAGAAGAAGGCAGAGGUGAUUGAGCUGGAGGUCCCGAUGACCGAUGCCAUGCGUGAUAUUCAAAACGCCGUCAUGGAAUGCGUCGAGAUUAGUAUUCAGGAGCUCAAAAAGAGCAACCCGGGGCUGGACAUGGACGAUUGGAAUCUCGACAGCGCCCUGCUCAAGAACUUCGACACCAUCAUCCGCCGCCAGCUCGAACCUAACUGGCACCGCGUCAGCUGGAAGACCAAGCAGAUCGUGAACGAUUUGACCGUGCUUCGUAGCAUGCUCCAGUCCGUCUUGGCACUGGACGCCGUGUCGUUCCUUCAGCAACUCGACACCAUCCACGCCGCUCAUUCGCCGGCUCCCGGGUCGACGAGGCAGACGCAGUCCCCUUGGCUGUUCCUGGACGCUGCACAGACCAUAUUCGAGACGGCAAGGAGGCGCGUCUACUCGAGCAGCCAGAGAGCCGGCCCAGACACCGCUAAUAUCGAUGCUCUGCGGCCAGUUCUGGAGGAACAGCCAAAAUGGGCCGUCUUGGCCGACGUGCUGGAAGAGAUCGACCGUGAUCUUUACUUUGAGCCCGCCGUGCGCGAUGAUUCCAACGGGACGAUAUUGAUCAUGUGUUCCGAUACCAACACGUGUCGUCAGCUUCGAGAGUACCUCCAGACCAUGCACGUCAAGCCGAGAACGGAGAAGAAGAUUGAGGAAUUCCAUGACCCUGAAGAGGACAAGCCUUCGGCUGCGUUCAUGAUGAGGAGGAAACUGCGUAACUACUUGAAGUGGAAGCGGGAGUUUGCCCAGGUAAAUGCGAACCUGUUCUCGGAGGUCCACAAGGCCGUCACGGGGGCAGUUGACCCGCGCCUGGCAAAGAGCAGGGCUCCCCCGAACAAGAGACGCCGGGUCCGCGGUGGCGGAACGGUUGGCGCCGGACCAGGCCGCCUCGACAACGGAAGCAUCGCGCAGUAUUUUGAGAAACCGGGAGAGGUUGCCGAGUUGAUGGCCGAGAUACAGAUCAGGGAAGAAGAAACGAAACAAAAGGAAGACGUGGUCUCCGACCCCCUGGAGGAUAUGGACGACUAUUACCAGCUCUACGAGAUGCAGGACUUGGUUGUCAUCCACGCAUAUGACGGCGACAUGGACGAACACGUCUUGGAGGAGAUCAAACCAAAGUACAUCAUCAUGUACGAGCCGGAUGCCGCCUUCAUCCGCCGGAUCGAAGUCUAUCGGUCGUCCCACAACGACAGGAACGUCAGGGUCUACUUCCUCUACUACGGCGGCUCCGUCGAGGAGCAGCGCUACCUGUCCACCGUCCGCCGCGAGAAGGACGCCUUCACCAAACUCAUCAAAGAGCGCGCCAGCAUGUCCCUCGUCAUGACGGUCGAUCCGCACGGCGCCGAAGACCCGCAGGAGGCUUUCCUGCGCACCAUCAACACGCGCAUCGCAGGCGGCGGCAAGCUGGCCGCGACGGCCCAGCCGCCCCGCGUGGUCGUGGACGUGCGCGAGUUCCGGUCCUCGCUGCCGUCGCUGCUCCACGGGCGCUCCAUGAUCAUCGUGCCCUGCAUGCUCACGGUGGGCGACUACAUCCUGAGCCCGCACGUGUGCGUCGAGCGCAAGAGCGUCAGCGACCUCAUCAGCUCCUUCAAGGACGGCCGGCUGUUCGCCCAGUGCGAGGCCAUGUUUGCGCACUACCGCAACCCCAUGCUGCUGAUCGAGUUCGACCAGAACAAGAGCUUCACGCUCGAGCCCUUCGCCGACCUGUCGGGCAGCGCGGCCAGCGUCAGCGCGGCGAACGCGGGCGCCAACGACCUGCAGAGCAAGAUCGUGCUGCUGACGCUGGCGUUCCCCAAGCUGCGCAUCAUCUGGUCGUCGUCGCCGUACGAGACGGCCGAGAUCUUUGAGCGGCUCAAGGCGCAGGAGCCGGAGCCCGACCCGAUCGCGGCCGUCAGGGCCGGCCUGGACAGGGAGGCGGCCGGCGACGAGGGCGACGCGCAGGCCGGGGGCCAGCAAAUGUUCAACGCGGUCCCGCAGGAGAUGCUGGCGACGGUGCCCGGGGUGACCCAAGGGAACAUUGCGAGUCUGAUGCGGCAGGCGGAGAACAUCACGGAGGUGGCUAACAUGACGGUGGAGGAGCUGAGCCCGCUGGUCGGGAGGGAGGCGGCGUGCAAGAUCAACGGCUUCUUUGCCAAGGACUUAUUGGAGGACGAAGGAUGAUGUCCGCACCCCCAAGGCAGUCAAAUGGAAUGAAUAUAUCACGCUGCAGUCGGCGUUGGCAUGAUACUCACGGCAGUACGAUAUUUUGCGCUCCAAAGACUCUUUAUGGAUGGAAAGAUUCGGGAGGUCAACAUAGGGUUAAACCAGUCUCUUCUGCUAAUCGCAACACAGUCUAUUUCGGCCCUUCUCAGUACCCUCUCAUUCUGGGGUAUCGCGGGUAUCUUCAGACAGGUAUGUAUUCCAACCACCCAUCC